AUGACGGGGUUGAAACACCACACUAAAAUCAAAGCAUGUCUUUUCGAUAUGGACGGGACGAUUCUCAACACAGAAGACAUAUACACAGAAGCUGCUUCUGAGCUUCUUGCCAAAUAUGGGAAAGGUCCGAUGACCUGGGAUGUUAAGAUAAAACUUCAGGGAAGACCUGGUUUGGAAGCUACCAAGAUAAUGGUUGAAGAAUACAAAUUACCCUUGACACCAGAGGAGUUUGCUCAAGAAGCUAUUGGGAUACAAGCUGACAAAUGGCACAAAUCCCGGUUUUUACCGGGAGCUUUGGAACUAUUGGAGGAUCUUUAUGAAAAGAACAUUCCCAUAGCACUAGGCACCAGCUCCAACACCAUCAAUUUUGACAGAAAAACCAAACAUCUCCAACAUGGAUUUAGUCUUUUCGAAGGACACAUUGUAACUGGUGAUGAUCCGAGAAUACCCGUGGGACGGGGCAAACCCCACCCUGAUAUCUGGUAUGCCUGUUUGGCCAGUCUCAACAAGAGUCGUGCUCAACAAAACUUGGAACCUUUGAAAAUCGAGGAAUGUCUCAUUUUUGAAGAUGGAAUUCCAGGAGUUCAUUCAGGUAUAGCUGCGAAUGCUCAUGUCAUUUGGAUACCCGAUCCAAAUGCAUUAUCUGUUCUAAAUGGAAAGGAGAAGGACAUCAUUGGAACACAGGGCGAAAUACUUUCAAGUUUGAUUGAUUUUGACAUGGAUAAGUACUAUCUUUUAAAUUCAGAAUUGGGAUAG